UAGCCGGCGACAGAACCCGAUAGAAACGCGUGUGUCUAGUGUUCAAUUAAUUCCAAUUAAUUAAAAUUAAUUAAAAUAAUGAGUCGUACGGAAGAAAUUCUGCGUCUGAUGCGCGAAUCGGGUGAAAUCAAAUGGUGUCCUAGAGAAAAAUCACAAAUCGCUGAUUUUUACAAAGAAAAAAAUGUUUUCGUGACGGGCGCCACUGGAUUUUUGGGAAAACUACUAGUGGAGAAAUUGCUAAGGGCGUGUCCCGACUUGGGAACGAUUUAUAUUCUCGUGAGACCGAAAAAAGGCGAAGAUGAGCACAGCAGAGUGGAUAAGUUGUUCAGCGAUCCGAUUUUUGGACCUUUAUCAAAACUUUUCCCCAAGUUUCAACACAAAAUCAGUAUCAUCAAGGGCGACAUCUCCCUCCCUGACCUAGGUUUAAGCCCUUCAAGCAAAACCCUAAUUUACGAAAAGAUAAACGUCAUUUUUCACAUUGCUGCAACAGUCCGAUUUGACGAAAAAAUCACAGUCGCCACUGCAAUUAACGUUCGGGGGACACGUGACCUCCUCAACAUGGCCAAAAACUGUCAAAAACUACAGUCAUUUGUUCAUGUCAGUACGGCCUACGCCAACUGUGUUCAAAAAGAAAUCAACGAGGUUUUCUACCAAAUGCCAAUUUCAGCGCAAGGCUUGAUCGAAUUGGUCGAAACUAGACCAGAGUCGACUUUGAUCGAACAAACAAAACUGAUUAUAGGAAAUUGGCCCAACACUUAUACUUUUACUAAAGGGGUGGCCGAAGACGCUGUGAAAAAUUUCGGAAAAGGGCUUCCGGUGUGCGUCGUGCGUCCUGCAAUUGUAAUUGCAACCUAUAAGGAGCCUUUACGCAGCUGGAUUGACAAUCUAUAUGGAGCGACGGGGAUCGUAGUAGGCGCAGGGACCGGCCUACUAAAAACCAUGCACUGUGAUAAAACCAAAACAGCCGAAUUGGUCCCAGGCGACUAUGUGAUUAACAACAUGAUCGCGGCAUCUUAUAAAACGGCAGUAGAAAAAAUAACCGAUAAAAUUCCGAUUUAUAAUUACGUUUCGAGCGUUGAGAAUCACCACACGUGGGAGGAUUUCAUGCAGAAAUGUCAAUUAUGGGGUGAAGAGGUACCAACAAUACGAUGCGUGUGGUACUACUGCUUGAUCCUAAAUAAAUUCUACUUUGUUCAUUUUUUGUAUAGUAUUUUAUUGCACUUUUUGCCGGCUCUUAUCAUGGAUUUGGGGAUGGUGUUAUCGAAGCAACGGCCAAUAAUGGUGAAAAUAUACAAGAAAAUCACCAAAUUCGAAAGUGUUAUUUCGCACUUUUCCACCAACGAGUGGAAAUUCCACAAUGACAACACACAGGCCCUUUGGAAUUUCAUAAAUGACGACGAUAGGGCCAUGUUUCCUUUCAGUAUGAAAACGCUAGAUUGGGACGAGUACCACAAGACCCAUGCGCUGGGUUUGAGGCAAUAUUUAGUCAAAGAUGACAUUUCCACACUUCCACAAGCCAAAAUAAAAUGGAAAAGAUUCUAUAUUGCCAACAAAGUCAUCAAAUAUCUUGUGUUCAGUGUAAUAUUUUAUGUAAUUUAUUCGAUUUUUUUAACACUUUUUAAUCACUGAUUGGGUUUGUAAUAAAAUUGUUUUUUAAUGA